AUGAACACACGGCCACCGAUUGAGGCUUCGCCCUCAGAAGCUGUUUUAUCUGUCUCUUUCAACAAUGACGCGAGUUGCUUCGCUGUUGGACUUGACUCUGGAAUGUGUGUCUUUCAUACCAAGUCAGGUCUUCUCAAAGCCACAAGAGAUUUCAAUGCUGGCAUCGGCCUUGUUCAAAUGAUGGGCACCACCAAUUACCUGGCGCUGGUCGGUGGUGGCAGAUCGCCCAAGUUUGCUAUGAACAAAGCUAUCAUUUGGGAUGAUUUGAAAGGCAAAGUUGCUCUAGAGAUUACGGCUCUCACAGCAGUACGCGGUGUUCAACUAGGUAGGGAACGUGUCGCCGUUGUGUUGCAAAAUAGUGUCCGGCUUUAUUCCUUCACCAAACCUCCAGAUUUGCUACAUAUAUACGAAACCGCCGACAACAUCCCUGGAUUAUGCUGUCUCUCAGCAAAGAAGCUCGCUUUUCCUGGCCGAACUGCUGGACAAAUACAACUCGUUGAGUUGUCGACUGGUAAUGUCAGCAUCAUUCCAGCUCAUUCUUCUGCGCUGAAGGCAAUUGCUUUGAGUCCGGAUGGGGAGCUUUUGGCGAGUGCAAGCGAAAAGGGUACUCUCAUCCGCGUUUAUUCUACAAGCAGCUGUGGAAAGCUUGCCGAGCUUCGUCGUGGUAUUGAUCCUGCAACGAUAUUUUCUCUUGCCUUCUCUCACUGCGGUACUAUGCUCGCCUGUACUUCCGAUAAAUCCACCCUCCACGUGUUUGACGUGCCUCACCCACGAAAGCCAGGGAUGAACCGAAGUCAACAGCUUGGCACUUCAACAACUGACUCUGGAGAUGGGAAGUGGGGCAUACUUAGCAAGAUUCCCUUAAUGCCUCGGAUGUUUUCCGAUGUGUACUCCUUCAGCUCGACGCAUUUCGAGGCUGGAGAUGAAGCUGCGAUAGGAGGUAUCCCAUUCUCAGAAAGUGCUGUUUUGGGAACAUCCCGACCACCAAAGGGUGUAAUUGGUUGGAUCGGUGAUGAUAGUCUGGUGGUCAUAGGUGCAGGACAUGACGCGCGAUGGGAGAAGUUCGUCAUUGUCGAAGGUGCAGAUGGAAAGCGACACUGCCAAGCUGACGACGGCAAGGAGUAUGAAUUUUAA